CAUUUGAAGCACCAACUUGCAGUAAACGUGCUACUGUGUCAGUGCGCCUCGGCUCCGCAUGUGUUGAAUUGCGCGCGCUCCAUCACUUCAUUUGCGAGCGAGGCGCGCGCACCACCACACACGCACGGGAGAUAGCAACCACGUUGCAUUUGAUAGCCAUGCUGCCGUCCUUCUCGCCGGCGGCCACCGCCUCCCCGCCGCGCCCGAUACCGGGCAGCCACGGUCCGCCGGUGCUCGGCCCCCUCCGUGACCGCCUCGACUACUUCUGGUUCCAAAGCCGCGACGAGUUCUUUAGCCGCCGCGCCGCCGCGCACCGUAGCACCGUCUUCCGCACCAACAUCCCGCCCACCUUCCCCUUCUUCCUCGGCAUGGACCCGCGCGUGGUCGCCGUCGUCGACGCCGCCGCCUUCACCGCGCUCUUCGACCCCGCCCUCGUCGACAAGCGCGACAUCCUCAUCGGCCCCUACAACCCUGGCCCCGGCUUCACCGGCGGCACCCGCGUCGGCGUCUUCCUCGACACCGAGGAGCCCGAGCACGAGCGCACCAAGGCCUUCACCAUGGACCUCCUCCACCGCAGCGCCCGCACCUGGGCCGCCGAGUUCCGCGCCGGCGUCGACGGCAUGCUCGACACCGUCGAGGCCGACCUCGCCAAGGCCAAAGGCGACAACCCCUCCGCCAGCUUCAUCUUCCCGCUGCAGCAAUGCAUCUUCCGCUUCCUCUGCAAGGCGCUCGUCGGUGCCGACCCGGCGGCCGACUCACUCGUGGACAGGUUCGGCUACCUCAUCCUCGACAUAUGGCUGGCCCUGCAGAUCGUGCCCACGCAGAAGAUCGGCGUCAUCCAGCCGCUGGAGGAGCUGCUCAUCCACUCCUUCCCCCUGCCGUCCUUCAUCAUCAGUCCCGGCUACAACCUGCUCUACCGCUUCGUCGAGAAGCACGGCGCCGAUGCCGUCUCACUCGCCGAGAAGGAGCACGGCAUCGCCAAGAAGGACGCCAUCAACAACGUCCUCUUCGUGCUGGGAUUCAACGCGUUCGGCGGCUUCUCGGUGUUCCUGCCGUCCCUGAUCAGCGAGAUCGGCCAGGCCGGGGACCCGACCGGGCUGCGGCCGCGUCUGAGGGAGGAGGUGCGGCGGGUGCUGGACUCCCGCGGGGGCGACGCCGAUGUCGGGUUCUCGACGGUGAGGGAGAUGCCGCUGGUGCGGUCGACGGUGAGGGAGGUGCUCCGGCUGAAUCCACCGGUGCCGCUACAGUUCGGGCGCGCUCGCAAGGACUUCGUACUCCGGUCGCACGGCGGGGCGUUCUCGGUGAGCAAGGGCGAGGUGCUGUGCGGGUACCAGCCGCUGGCGAUGCGGGACCCGGAGGUGUUCGACAGGUCCGAGGAGUUCGUGCCGGACAGGUUCCUCGGCGAAAAGGGCGAGGCACUGCUGCAGUACCUGUACUGGUCCAACGGGCCGGAGACCGCGCAGCCAGCUCCCCGGAACAAGCAGUGCGCCGCCAAGGAGGCCGUCGUGGACACCGCGUGCAUGCUCAUCGCCGAGCUCUUCAGGCGGUACGACGACUUCGAGGCCGAUGGCACGUCGUUCACCAAGCUCGAGAAGCGGCCGCCGUCGACGAGCUAGCUACCUGAUGACCCAGUGAACGUACGGCAGCUGGUAAAUUAACAAGAGAAAAAGUACUUAGGUGCAUUCUCAGCUGGUAAAUAAACACGCCUGAUUUUUGUUUUCACAAGUCUAAUGAUUCGAUUUUUGUGACCAAUGUAUUUGUGUGGAGAUGAAUGCGCCAAUAAUAAAUACGUGCAUAUCAACUGUA